AUGGUCGUUGAUCCCCAAAGCGCCGGAAAGACGGUUAAGCCGCCAAAUCACUUCGCCCAUGUCGUUCUGCAGACGAACAAUCUCAAGCCGAUGGUUGACUAUUACAAGAAAUUCUUGAACGCCCAUGCAAGCUAUGAAAAUGACUUUGCCAGCUUCCUCACUUAUGACGAAGAACAUCAUCGCAUCGCCAUCGUCCAGAUCCCUUCCCUGGGUCCAAGAGACCCAAAACGCUCAGGCCUGCAGCACAUGGCUUUUACAUAUUACUCCCUGGAGGACUUCGCCAACGCCUACCUCCAGCGCAAGGCCAACGGGAUUGAACCUGUUUGGUGCGUCAACCACGGGCCUACUACCAGCAUGUACUACGACGAUCCGGAUGGAAACCGUACCGAGAUUCAGGUUGACAAUUUUGAUACUCCAGAAGCGGCCAGUGAGUUCAUGGCCUCGCCGUACUUCCACGAGAAUCCUAUCGGAACAGAUUUCGAUCCAAGCGAGCUGAUCAAGCGACUGAAUGCUGGGGAGGACCACGCGUCAAUCAAGAAGCGUAUCGAAAUUGGACCUCGUGGACUUCCGGUCCAUUGA